AUGUUGAGAAAGGCCGUCAUGAAUCAUUACCCUAGCGCUCGAUCUCAAUUCUGCAGAAAGGUCCCCGCGCUGGCCUUUGCCAUUUCGGCAGCUUACAUUCGUCCGGUUUCCACAACGGUGAUGGAAGCCAAAAAGCCAAAGGCGUGUCCUUCGUAUGGUUGCCCCAUUCUUCCACAAGACGUAUAUUAUGAUGAAUCUAUCAAAGAUACCUUGACGGAUUUGCGUGAGAAGAAACGAGAUGAUGUCAGCGCUGAAGAUCUGAAGGGGUUAGAAAGUUCAGGAGGAAAAGAUAUGGCAACAUUAACUUUGAUUGGAUACAAGGGAGGUCCGUUGGAGACACAAAUUAAUCAAGAUCGAUCUUUUUGUGUAUCACCGUACAAAACUGGGGCUAAAGGCAACGCAGAAGGAAAAAUUCUGGGUGUAUUUGAUGGUCAUGCCAGCCUUGGAGAAAAAGUAUCUCAAUACACUGUCACAGAACUUCCAAAACUGCUGGCCAGCAAAUUAAAGAAAAUUGAUGGGGAAGAAGAUCAAGUAAAGACGGCUUUGAUUGAAACAUUUGUCGAAAUUGAUAAAACAGCCCCGGCUGAAAUCUCUGGAGGAUGCACAGCAUCAGUUAUACUGCAACAUGGUCAAAAACUAUAUUUUGCCAACGCUGGUGACAGUACAUCCUUCUUGGUGGUAUACAGGGCCCAAAGUAAACAAGCCGAAGUCGUCUACGUGACUCGUGAAGACAAGCCCUCCCUUCCCGACGAAAAGGCUCGCGUCGAAAAAAUGGGAGGUGAAGUGUAUAUUCCUGCUCGAGGCACCUCUCGCGUGCUUUAUACUGACCCCGAAACGGGAUUGCAAAGUGGAUUGGCCAUGUCUCGAAGUAUUGGCGACUGGGAGGCGGGAAAGUUGGGCGUAAUUCCCGACCCUUUGGUCGAUGUCAUUGAUAUUCCUUCGUUGGUGGAAGGUCAAAUGAGUUGUCAACAAAUCGAAGGGGACGGAGAAAUGUUCGUAGACAUUGAUUGCGAUGCCAAAGAUGAUGUGUAUGUCUUUGCUGUUUCAGCAACGGAUGGCAUGAUGGACUUUGCCACACCCGAAAUAGUAGCACAAACUGUGGCCGUUAGUCUGUAUGGUGAGGAAGGACCGCACCUGCUAACUGCCUUGGAACAGCUGAUAUUUAUGUCCGCGCAAGGGUGGCAACAAUCAAAGGGCGGGCGGUAUCGGGAUGACAUCGCCAUUGUUGUCUCUCAAAUCAGAAUACCACCAACACCCCCGAAACAGUAG